CGCUCGGGCGGCUCUGCUCGGGUGCGGGACGGAAUGUGCGCGCUUCCCCUGCAGACUCUGGGGAGCGUGGACUGAGCGGGAGCCAUGGACUGAGGGCGUGAGCCGCGCGGGGCAGUCAUGACUUCUGCCGCGGAGCUUAAGAAGCCACCAUUGGCUCCCAAGCCAAAGUUAAAAGGGACAAAUAACAAGCCGCUGCCCCCUCCCAUUGCACCUAAACCGGACAUCGUGAAUGCUAGUGUUCCACAGUUAACAAAGAAAACCAAGCCGACAAUUGCACCAAAACCAAAAGCCCUGACAAACUCAGUUGUUCAAGACCUCAAGCAGCCAUCCUCGAAGAAGCUCCCUUUGAACCUAGAGGAACAGGAGCCAGAAUUGCCUGAAAGCACGGACAAGUUUAAUUGCAAAGAUGUCGGGGGUCCACAUAGUGAUUAUAUUUUACCAACAUGUUCCUGCAGUUCUGGGUGUACUCAAGAGCCUGGGAAUAGAGAAAGUCUAUGUGCAAAGCAACUUAUUUUAAAGCCUCUGGGAAUGAAAGACAAUGUAGAGAAUAAUAAAAACGGUGAGUCCUCUUCAACUGCAGAGAGGGGGAAUAGGUGGGAUUCCCGUGGUGAAAAGGGCAGGAGCCAAAGUGGAGUUAUUUUAAAGGCAAGCAUCUUAGAAGAGAAGCUCAAAGAGGUUUUAACGCGACAGCAGUCACCUUGUGGUUCCCCCAGGAAGCACAGAUCUCCAAACAAGACAGCAAUGAAUGGCGACUAUAGUUGUAGCAGACAGAUGAGAAUUGAGUUUGCAGAUGUGUCCCCUUCCCGAUCCAGCUUUGAAAAAGUUCCUGCUCAUCAUAGCUGUCACCCUCAGCUCCCUAGGGAUGAAUCUCAAAAUCUUGAGAUUUGUCACGCUGGCAACUCUAAGAGCAACAGUCACUUUCAUUCACGUGAACUAGAUGACAGGAACUUGUCUUCAGACGGAACUAAUAAGAAGACAGAGGUCACAGAUCUUGGCCCUUUAGAAAUUCACUUAUUACCCUGUACCUCAAAGUUUCCAACUCCCAAGCCCAGAAGGACACAUGCUGCUCGUCUGCUUCGCCAGAAGUGUGUAGAUACUCCUAGCAAAAGUGCUGAAGAGCCAGAGAAUUCAAACAGUGGCUCUUCUUGUCUCCUCGAAGAUAGUUCGAAAAACAAUCAAGUCAGUGUUCUUCAUGAGAAGGUUUCGUGUAACCAGGGACAAGAGGACAAAGUGAAGCCAGCAAAUAAAAGGACAGUGACUAGUGAUUCCAAGAGUGACAGACAAGAUUCAGUCAACUCACAGAAAGCUGAGUGUCAUGAAACGUCUUCCUCUGAGAAAGCAGCACCUAUUUUAGAUGCAGACUCUAUUUUGAGUCCUGACAGGGCAGCAGAAGAUGGCUCUGGGAUGUUACCUGCUGUGGACAAAGGAACUGGUUUUAUACAAUGCAGUACUCAGUCUGAGAGCUUGCCUAAGCAAGUCAAAUUAUCCUGCACUGAACACUCGCCAACUACCUGUAACAUGGAAUUGUCUGUUCCUCAAAUGCAAAAGGAACCUUCCUCUAAAAUUGUUCCCAAAAAACCUCAAAGACACAGCUUGCCUGCUGCAGGUGUGCUUAAGAAGGCUGCUUCUGAGGAACUUGUAGAAAAAAAUUCUUGUUCUUCAAGCAAAGCAACAAAUUCAGAGAAAGGCUUAGAGAGAAACCACCUUCAGCAUUUGGGUCCCUUAAACCGUGGUAUAUCAUCAACAUCUUUUGAUAUACCUAACUCAACUUCAGAAAAGCCAGUGUGGAAAUUACCUCAUCCUAUUUUACCUUUUUCAGGGAGCCCAGAAUCCUUGAAGCGUGUCACUUUAUCCUUAAAUAAUGAGCCAUCUAUUUCCCUCACUAAGCCAAGAGCAAAAUCAUUACCUGCUGUGGAUAUGGACAGGUGUAAUAAACCUUGCAAAGAACCUCCAAAGAAAACUUCUUUUAAAAAGUUGAUUAAUGUGAAACUGUCCAUUGGUUUCAUAAAGAGUGACUUUCAGAAAUUUAGGUCGAAAAGUUGUCAGCAUGCGGAUGUCACAACUGGACAUCUGCUCAGCAGAGAGCCGAAAGGGAUUGAAAGUGAUUGGCAGGGUUUAGUGAAAGCCGAAGAAAAGAGGAGUAAACCCAUCAAGGCAUAUUCUGCAGAAAACUGCAGCCUGGAGUCUGAAAAGGUGAAAUCCUGGGGCCAGAGCAGUGCAGCUAAUAAUGGUCAGAGAGCUGAGUCUUUGGACGACCAGCUACUCUCCAGGGACUCUUCCUGCCAGGUGUCUUACAAGUCUAGUACAAUUGGCUGUGUCCCAGAGUAUGAAAAUGUACGCCAUUACGAGGAGAUCCCAGAGUAUGAAAAUUUACCCUUUGUUAUGGCUGGUGGGAAAACUCCAGAGUUGGGAUGGCAGAAUUCCAGCAGUGUGGAGGACAUUGAUGCAAAUCUGUAUGAAGUAGAAGAGCCCUAUGAUGCUCCAGAUGGCCAGCUGCAACUUGAUCCUAGACAGCAGCCUUCCAGUUCUGGAACAUCGCAGGAGGGACAGGAUGAUCUCCACCUUGGUCUUGGUGACCUCCCCUCGGAUGAGGAAGUCAUCAAUAGUUCUGAUGAAGAUGAUGACAGCUCUGAGUCCAGUAAAGGAGAGCCAGACCCGCUGGAAGAUAAACAGGAUGAAGAUACUGGAAUGAAAAGCAAAGUUCAUCAUAUUGCCAAGGAGAUCAUGAGCUCAGAGAAAGUGUUUGUGGAUGUGUUAAAACUUUUACAUAUUGAUUUCCGGGAUGCUGUAGCCCAUGCAUCCAGACAACUUGGGAAGCCCGUGAUUGAGGACCGGAUCCUGAACCAGAUCUUGUACUACCUGCCUCAGCUGUAUGAGCUCAACCGGGAUCUCCUGAAGGAACUGGAGGAAAGAAUGCUGAGCUGGAAUGAACAACAAAGGAUUGCUGAUAUCUUCGUAAAGAAGGGGCCGUAUUUAAAAAUGUAUUCCACAUACAUCAAAGAAUUUGAUAAGAACAUAGCUUUGCUGGAUGAGCAGUGCAAGAAAAACCCAGGAUUUGCUGCGGUUGUUAGAGAAUUCGAGAUGAGCCCACGGUGUGCCAACCUGGCCCUGAAGCACUACCUGCUGAAACCAGUUCAGAGGAUCCCUCAGUACAGGCUGCUGCUGACAGACUAUUUAAAGAACCUCCUAGAAGACUCUGUGGAUCACAGGGACACCCAAGAUGCCCUAGCUGUUGUUAUAGAGGUAGCCAACCAUGCCAAUGACAUCAUGAAGCAAGGGGACAACUUUCAGAAGCUCAUGCAGAUUCAGUACAGCUUAAGUGGGCACCAUGAAAUUGUGCAACCUGGGCGGGUUUUUCUCAAAGAAGGCAUUCUGAUGAAGCUGUCUCGGAAAGUCAUGCAGCCCCGAAUGUUUUUCCUGUUUAACGAUGCCCUGCUGUAUACAACACCCAUGCAGUCUGGGAUGUACAAAUUGAACAACAUGCUCUCACUGGCCGGAAUGAAGGUCAGAAAACCCACCCAAGAAGCAUAUCAGAACGAAUUAAAGAUUGAAAGUGUAGAGCGCUCUUUCAUCCUCUCAGCCAGCUCUGCCACAGAAAGAGAUGAGUGGCUGGAGGCCAUAUCCAGGUCAAUAGAAGAGUACGCCAAGAAGAAGACCACCUUCUGCCCCAGCAGGAGUCUUGACGAGGACUCAGAAAAGAAAGAGGACGUCAGUCCUCUUGGGUCAAAGGCGCCCAUCUGGAUUCCUGAUACCAGAGCCACCAUGUGUAUGAUUUGCACAAGUGAAUUCACUCUGACCUGGAGAAGACAUCACUGCAGGGCCUGUGGAAAGAUUGUGUGCCAAGCUUGCUCAUCAAAUAAGUAUGGCCUAGAUUACCUGAAAAAGCAGCUGGCGAGAGUAUGUGAACACUGCUUCCAAGAGCUGCAGAAAUUAGACCACCAGGUGCCUCCCAGGACUGGAUCCCCUGGGAAUCACAAGUCUCCUUCAAGUGCCUUCUCCUCAGUCUUGCACAGUAUCCCAUCGGGAAGGAAGCAGAAGAAAAUCCCAGCCGCCCUCAAAGAAGUUUCAGCAAACACAGAAGACUCUACCAUGAGUGGCUACCUUUACAGAUCCAAGGGCAGCAAAAAGCCAUGGAAACACUUAUGGUUUGUCAUCAAAAACAAAGUACUCUAUACGUACGCCGCCAGUGAGGACGUGGCCGCUUUGGAGAGCCAGCCUUUAUUAGGGUUUACCGUCACACAAGUCAAAGAUGAGAACUCAGACUCCAGGGUGUUUCAGCUACUGCACAAAGGCAUGGUGUUCUAUGUGUUUAAGGCAGAUGAUGCCCACUCCACUCAGAAGUGGAUGGAAGCGUUUCAGGGAGGCACGAUAUUGUAGCAGUGUUGGCUUCGUUUCUGCGGGGGCACAGCUCAGCAGAGUGGAGAACCCUCCUGGAGGCGUGUAUGAUCACUGCCAACAUAAAGCCAGCCACAGCCAUUAGGAGAUAAACUGUUCCGUUAGGUAUAUACAGUUCUUAAAAACGUUUUUCAUGUAUGUUAUUUAUUAAAUUGUUGAUGUUUACUUGCUGGUCAGAAUUGUCUCUGAGACUCACUGAAUUCUAAAGUACUGUUUAGAGACGGAAGCUUACCUUAAUAACUGUAUACUGUACACUGUUGAUGUAUUGUCCACACGCCUGUCUCUGCCUUAAAUCAUGACACCUUCACUAUUGCUAAGUCUUUGCAAGUACAACACAUAUAUUAAGGAGCACAUUUCCAUACAGUGUUUGGUGUAGAAAUUACAAUUACAAAAUUGCAGGUGAAAAUGCAUAUUUUUGAAUCAUAUUGCAAUAGAGAUCCACAUAGCCAGCUUCUACCUCAGCAACUAUGAAGUGAAUCCCAGCAGUCUGCUCUGAUAACGGUAUCCCCAGCCUCACAUCCCCACCCCCACUCCCCAGUCCUGUAGGAUCUUGCUAAUUGCCAGGCUGGCCUUGAGCUAACUGUGUGACUCAGGCAAACCUUAAGCCACAGUCUUCUGCAAGUGCCUGGAGCUAAAGGUCCGCACCACCACACCCAGUCUGUAUUUAAAACUGCCAGUUGGGUAUAAAUGUGAUUUUUUUUUUUUUCUUGGUUUUCUGAGACAGAGGCUCACUCUGGAGUCCAGGCUGGCCUGGAACUCACCUGUUUGACUUCUCAAGUGCCAGGAUUACAUAUGUGUGCCACCAAGCUCCGUGAUUAAAAACAGAAUAUGGCAGCCAACAUGUUACCCAAUAUCCCUUACUAUUCUUAAGAGUUUGGAGCCCAAGUCAUUGUUUGUAUUUAUAUCUAAAAGGAUGUCAUUUUCUGUAACAUGUAUUUUAAAAGUGAUCUGAAAUGACUAUCAUAUUUUUAAAGGAAAUUUAUGCUACUUUAGAUUGUUUCCCUUGACUUUUAAAAUUUAUUCUUCCUCUCACUCUCUGCAUCCUUUGAGACCCAGUCCUUCUGUGUAGCCCAGGCUGCCCUCAUCCUCAUCCAUAGUCUUGCCUCAGCACCCAUGCAUUGGACUACCACACCAGACUGUGCCAGUCAGUGUCCCUCAGUAGGAAAAGUUCAAAUUCUUUUGUUGUUUUGUUUUGUUUGUUUGUUUUUCAAGGCAGGGUUUCACUGUGUAACAGUACUAGCUGUCCUAGAAAUCGCUCUGUAGACGAGGCUGGCCUUGAAUUCACAGAGAUCCGCCUGACUCUGCCUCUGGGAGUGCUGGGAUUAAAGGCGAGCUCCCACACCACACAGCUAUGGUUCAUAUUCUUAAUUCUGUCAUACUUACUGUUUAACAUGUAAAUCCCCUUACACAUAAAAUUGUUGAUUAGUAGCAGAAGAGUGAAGCUAACAGGCUUAAAAUUGUUUUUGUGUUUAACUAUUUUGUUGAGUGAGGCUAAACUAUCAGCCAAAAGGCAAGGUUAUCCAGAGUAUUAUAUUAAAGGAUGCAAAAGAUUUUUGCUUCUUUAUAUAGACUGAUAAUUUAUUGUGAUGUCAGCCAUUGAGAAGUAUAUCCUGAUUACUAUUUUUUCAUCUUGAACACAUUCAUGGAGCCUUUUGGAAGCCAUUUACCACAGAUAAUCUAGACCUGAGGUAAAGAUGUAGUUUUUCAUGGCCAUCUCUAGCUAUAGCAUAAUUUGAAGCCCUGUGCAAUCUCACACAACUCCACAUGCAACCUUCCUUGCCACAAGAGGUCAAUCUGUUCUUUGCAACUCAAUUUGAUUGGAUCGCAUAAAUAUUUUCCAUGUAAAUAUCUGUGUAAUAUGUGUAAUGUGUUCCUUUGGAGGCCAGGGUUAUUUAUACUUUAUAUUUCUACCUUUUGUCCUCUGAAUUCUCAACCUCUUUAAGAUUUGCUCAUAAGCUUCCAAAAGUCAGUAUUCUGAAUCAAAAAAAAAAAAACUUUUCAAAAUCAAAAUAUAAUUUAAAAUCUAAAAGUAAUUCUUUUUUUUUCAAAGUAAUUCUUAUGUGAUGAAAUUUCUGUUUAUAAUUGCUAAUUGCUUAGUCUUAUGGAAAGUGUUGGAGAAGACAAUAAACAAGCUGUCAGAUAGUUUCCCCUGAAAAUUCUAAAAAUGUGGAGUAAGACCACAUUCCUGUCCCUCCCUGAUCCCUUCAUAACCUAGUAAAUAAGGUCAGCAGUUUACUUAACCUGGCUCAUUCAAUGGCAAAUAAGAAUGUAUUUAUAAUUUGCUGUAAAACUACUUUUAAAAAAUAUUACUGAGCCCAGGGUCUCUAGGUGGACACUGUACCCAUGAGCUACCUCCAUUGCUAACAUUUAAGGGUGAGCCAUACCAGAGCAGUGGGACACGUGUGCUGGGAAACCUUGCUCAGGUCUCCCAGGUUCAGCUAGACAGUAACAUGGCAAGAUGGCAGGCUGGGCUAGGAGAGGUGAUAUUCUUGGUACCCCUAAGCAGUGCAUUCCCUCUGUCUGCAGCAGCUAAAUGCAGAAGACAUCCCCCCCCACACACACACCAUGUCCUAAGAGAAUGAAAAGGACCAUUCUUUAUAUUAUCCCGUGUUUCUGAACCUCUUUCCAUUUCCUGAUAGAAACAGUAUCAUUCUGUUUUCCCAGACUGCCCUAGUUUUUCUCCAGUAAGCUUGAUUAUGCUUGAUUAUUUAUUUACUAACAUUAAAAAAAAAGGAAGUCAGAGGACAGCAUCUUGAAAUUAUGCAUUUCUUAGCAAAAUGCAUAGAAGGCCCUGUAGGAGUGGAUGAAGCCUCCUGUUUGAGAGCCUAAUGUGAUCAUCAAGCAUGUGGGGCAUGCCUUGAGUGCACAUCUACUGUGCUGGUUGUAAUCAAAUUGCUGGGAUGUCCAGAGGUAAAUCCUAUCUCAUUGUACUGUAAGAUCCUUAAGGAUAGACCCUAUAUUUCUUCCAUCCAUUUCUCUUGGAUCUUCAGAUAUUUAGUUGAAAACAGUGAGGACAGGAUUCCCAAGGUGUUUUGAGUAGGAUUCUCACUAUUUUUCUCAAGACAGCUCAUCUGCAUCAUCCUCAGUGUGUCCCUGCCUCAAUAACAAGACUCAUUACCACUGAAAUCGUCUCCCAAGCCUGUAUUCUAGCUCAGUUCUUACACCCACUCACCUUACCAUCCUGUAAGGCCACAUCGGUGGUGUGACUAACACUCAGCUUUCUUCCCAGUCAAGCCUGUUUUCUUCUGCAAUAACAGGAGACCACAUGGAGCUCUAUAAUCUGACUAUAAAUCCCUCAUGUCCCUUCCAGCCUCGUUUUCCUGCUGUUAUAUCCCCUUUAUUUAUGGCUACUGCAGCUUUCCCUCUGAGCUGGGGCGCAGUGCAGUGACACACCACUCACCUCCUAUGCUUGAGGCUUGGGGUUCCAGUCCCUUAUCAAGAAAAACAUCCCCCCUUCAACCCCCCCAACCCAGCCCCCACCCCCGAUUUCAAUGCCUCCUUUGUGUGGUCUGUUUUAAAAUUUGCCAAAGCAAUCUGCCUAAAGCAGAAUUCUAAUUUAAUUCCCAUUCCUGUAGACUUCAGUGGCAUUCCCAGUUUGGCACAGAACAAUUCGUCCUGGAGUCCGUACGCUCGACUUGAACCCACUUUAGCCUUCCUCUGUUCAUAGUUCUCUUUGUUGUCCUGUCAGUCAGAACUGCUUCCGUAUCAUCUGACACCUCACAGUGCUGGGGAUGCUUUCUCCUUCCCUCCUCUAGGCGAGGUGUGCUCUUCCCUGUGCUCUGUAAACCCUCAGCUCAUAAACAGGCUUGCAUCGUUCUUAAGCAUUCUGUUCUUGGAAACGGCUUGGCUUGUUCACUGGAGGUUUGCCACAUCCUAAUGAGAGUGCCUUACACGCAGUAGAAAAAUGUUUGCUUGUUAACUGUCUUCUAUCUGUCCCUAAAAAGUGUCUUCAGUCCACAUACUCUGGAGCCUCUUGCCACUUUUGAUGUUAGUUUCUGAACGACAAUCUAUGGCGUUCCCCUUGUCAGAAAGGUUAGUGACUUCUAGGAAAGAAUCUUAAGGACACGAGUUUAUGUACCCCACCGCAGAGAUGGUAGUAGUUCUGACAGUAACUUGACUUCUAGGAAAAAUAAAUAAAUAAAUAAAUAAAUAAAUAAAUAAAUAAAUAAACAAACAAAUAAACAAAUAAAUAAAUAAAUAAAUGUGACAGGAGUUAAAAAAAAGUGUACAAAUAUUCUUUUUCCUUUGGGGUGAGGAGUAAAGGGAGACAACCUUCCCUUUCCUGGAGUUACUUGGCUGCCUGUGCAAACCAGUUUCAAAUACUUUUUAAAUGCCUUUGAAUGGUUUUCUCAACACUUUUUUACUUAAAGUGAUAAUGGUUUGUAUCUUAUUGUUCAUAUAAAGAUCACUUAUAAAUAAACUAGCAUUGUAAAUAAUGUUAAUAUGUAUUAUAAUUUAUACAAAAUAAAUGUACUAUAAUGUC